AUAAAUGAGAGCGAGGUCUGCACGCUGGGAUCGGGCACAGAAUGAGAGAGGAUCCCACCGAGCCCAGAUAACGCUCCAUCUCCCGGGAUCCAGCUCACAUCUGCAGGUGUAACCAUGGGGCUUUGUCUUUGGUUCAGCGCCCUUCUUCUCACCGGCGUGGUCGCUGCCAACAAGCUUUGUUUCCCCGGCUGUACUUGCGAAGUUGAAAGCUUUGGAUUAUUUGACAGUUUCAGCCUGACCAAAGUGGAUUGCAGCGGAGUGGGUAACCACAUCGUCCCGGUCUCCAUUCCUUUGGAUACCUCUUACCUGGAUCUUUCAUCCAACAAACUGGAAAAGGUCAACGAGUCUGUUUUGUCCGGUCCGGGUUACACCACCCUAGUCAACCUUAACCUAAGUUACAACCAACUGGUGAAGAUUUCCUCUACCACUUUCUCUAAAUUGAGAUACUUGGAGUCUUUAGACUUGAGCCACAACCUGCUAGAAGCUCUUCCCGACCACAGCUUCUUCUACUCCCCUCUCGUAGAACUUGACUUGAGUUUUAACAGAUUACAGGGAAUACAAAUUGGGGCCUUCACCUCGAAAAGUAACGGCAAAGCCAUCAAUAUCAACCUUGCCAACAAUCUGAUCAGCUCCAUCUCGAGGAGACCCGACGACCCCGUUCCGAACAUCCGGGGUUUGGACUUGUCCGAGAAUCAGCUGCGUUCCGUUCAUGGCCUUCAGGGAAUUCCUCUGCAAUACCUUAACUUGGAUAGAAACCCCAUUUCUAAAAUUGAGGAGAAUAACUUUUUGGGUCUGAAAGGCUUAAUCUACCUGUCUCUCAGCACAAUGGAGAACUUGAGGGAGAUCAGCCCACAUAGCUUCAAAGACCUACCAGCUCUCCAAAUCCUUGACUUUUCCAACAACCAGAACUUGAGGACUCUCGGCAAAGACGUCUUCUUCGGGCUGAACUCCUUACAAGAGUUGAACUUGUUAAACUCCGGAGUGGCGUCCUUGCCCAAGGACACCCUCCAGCAUUUGCCAUCCAUGAAAAGUAUUACCUGGGGAAAGAACAUUCAUUGCGUCAAGACUAUGAAGGAAAGCCAGUUCCAUCUGCAGAAUGGGGUGGUGCGGAGAGAAGUCUUGGUCUGCCGGGAUGACCGAGGUGCUGUAUCAGCACAGGAUGUCUUAUAAUAUUUUUUUUCCAUGUAAAGGUUCCUUCUUUGGGAGACCAUGUGCCUUGUUCCAGAACAAAAAGACUGUCAGUAAUUUAUUUAUAAUUUUGUAUGAGCAAUUUUACCUAAGACGGCGGCAUUGGACGAUGCUCACCGCUUUUUAUAGACUUGAAUAAUACAUAGCAAUCCACUUUUGGACCAAUAUACGUUUCUGAUCGAUGUGCCGAGACGACACUAUUUUCAUCCGUUUAUUUUUUUAUGUGCUAAGCUCAAAUAAAGGAAGUUAAAG